GUAUCUCUCCUCACAUCCUACUUUCUGACAGUUAUUGACAACCGCAGCUUUUCUCGGUCACUCCUCACUGCUAGAAUUUGCCCUCACUCAGACUGCCAUUGCGAGCUGCGCCCAUGUCGAGUACUUUCUCCUUCCCUUCUCCGGUAGGUGGGGUAGGCCUUGCUGGGGACCUUGUCCCUUCCAUUCUGCUUGCCAUCCUCUAUGCUUUGUUGCUCCCCAUUUUCUUUGUUCGCCUGGCCAACAAUCAGACAAGAGCUGUUCUGGGUAUCAGUGCGGUGCUCACUUGCAUAGAGAGGGUCGUAAUUUUCUGCCUACGAGCAAAGCAAAGCCGAACACCCGGACUGCAAACUUCGGGCACACUCGCGACCUAUAUGCAAGCUACGAUUGCUUUGGCCUACAUCGCUGUCGCGCAGGACACCGUCUCUCUCCUGCGCUGCUUGUAUGUCAACUCCACGAAGGGACCAAUACCUAAUGAUGUGGACAACCUUGACUCUCCUGUUGGGACUACGUCUUCUUCUCAAAUUCCACUGUCCCCCUCUCGGGGUAACAGGUCUUUCUCGGAAAAUGAUGGAGAGCUACUGUCCGAUCAACCCCGUAGAAGGGCAUUUUAUCGUCGUUUGACGGAUGUCCUGAGGCUCUUGUUUCUGGUGGCCACCGUUCUCGGAAUAGUGGGAAAUACUCACUACAAGGGUGGGAUGAGUAGUGCUGGCACGGCAAACGAAGUUAUGGUAACCAGAUACAUGAGCUCCGGCAUCUCACUUAUUCUCAUCAUCCUACUGGCUGUUUUGGUCGUUCGGGCUCGCCGACUUCCCAGAGUUCGCCCGAUACAUGUCAUCCUCCUGCUCGCGAUAUUAACUUGCAAUGUGUCAUCCGCCAUCUUCCGUCUUUCGUUCAUGUACAACCGGACCACCUCUUUGACUUCGACCGCUCCUGGAUCAGGAAAUACCGUCUCAGAAAAGGUCACGUUUUAUAUAUUCCACAUGCUCAGCGAUUGGCUGGCCUGUUUCAUUUUCCUCGUGCCAAACAUCAGGGAAAUUUUCAAUACUGGCAUGUGGGGUGACUGGCGUUCGACAGACCCUCCCCCUGAGAGCAGCGAGCUAUCAAAGAAGAAGAAAGGAUCAUACUUUAGGAGAGCCGAUCCAAUCGUAGUGUGAGGUAGCGGGAUUUUAUCCCCAACAUCGGAUACCACUGGGGGUAUUAUACCACUCGUCUCUCAGUUGACUCGGACACCUGCACUUUACCCUGUCGAACUCAAUAGCUUGCCUUGACGUAAUUAUGUAUGCCCUAAGUAUAUUGGACAUGCCUGGACACGGACUGGGGAGUACACACUUCUACUCAUCCGCCAUCACGGUCGCACUA